AUGUAUAUCAAAGGACCUCACGGCGAGGCUGAUAUUUCAGUCUUGCGAAAGUUGAUCCGAGAGAACCCUCUUGGUCUUCUCACCACAGCCAUCUCUUCUCCCAACUUUGAUUUUCUUCAGUCCAGCCAUAUCCCCUUUGUGCUAGACGUCGAAGAUGAGUCAAGCGAGACCGAACUGGGAAAGCUGCGAGGCCACCUGGCGAGGGUGAAUCCUCAAAGCAAGGCCAUGAUCGAGAGCCUCUCUGAGAAUCCCCAGCUGAACAACGUCAUUGAGCAAGACGUCAUAGUCAUCUUCAACUCUCCGAUUCAGCACUAUGUUACGCCCAAAUUUUACACAGAAACAAAGCCCACCACUGGCAAGGUCGUUCCCACAUGGAACUACGCCGCAGUACAAGUCUACGGCCGCGCCAAGGUAUUUUACGACACCAAGGCCGAGGAGACGGGCCAGUUCCUCACGAAGCAAAUUGGCGACCUCAGCUACCACGCCGAGACUCAAGUCAUGGGCUUCACCGGCGGCGAUAACCCCGUGGACUGGAAGCUGACAGACGCCCCGGACCGGUUCAUCCAGCUCCUGCAAAAGAGCAUCAUCGGCAUUGAGAUUGAGAUUACAAAGAUGGGAGGAAAGUUCAAGAUGAGUCAGGAGAUGGGUAUGGGUGAUCGUGAGGGUGUCAUCAAGGGAUUUUCGAGGUUGGAGUCUGAGAGGGCGCAGGAGAUGUCCAAGCUUGUGCAAUAUCGAAGCGAUCUGAAGGAGGCAAAGAAGGCCCAGGCAUGA